AAGGACACAAAGAACUGUACAAGAACGUCAUGAUGGAGGAUCACCAGCCACCAGUUAAAGAAGAGAGAACAACUCCCAGUCCUCUUCUUCUACAGGAUGGUUUAGAAGAAGAUCAAAGCAUUCCAUAUGAUAAUCAGAUGGAUGGAAAUAAGUUUUUAAAUCUGGGUAAAGAUCUGAACAAUAUUAAGGCUGAAGAUACAUAUGUGAGGGGUGAUGAGCAGAUGAUAGAGGACAUUCCCACCGAUAACCACCCAGAUGACUGUACCAGUAGCUCAGAGAAACAUGGGAUAUUGACAGAUUUUCGAACAGAUGAUUGUGGUGUCACAGAAGAUACACAGGAAGAGCAUGCCAUUAUCCCAGAUGUAUCCUCAGCCUUUCACAGCAAUGGUCUAUCAUCUGAUCCUUUGGCUGGAUUUCAAUCUUCUGAUUCAUCACUGACUGUUAAGCAAAAUAAAAGCCACAGAAGUGUUCAUCAUCAAAGAAGUCACACAGGGGAGAAUACUCUUUCAUGCUCAGAAUGUGGGAAGUGUAAAUAUAAAUCACAUCUUGUUAGACAUAGAACUCACGCAGGGGAGAAGCCAUUUUCAUGUUCAGAAUGUGAAAAACAUUUUAACUGUAAAUCUCAUCUUGCCAGACAUCAGAGAUUUCACACAAAGGAGAGGUCAUUUUCAUGUUCAGAAUGUGGGAAAUGUUUUUCAGAUAAAUCAUAUUUUCUUACCCAUAAGAGAAUUCACACAGAAAAUAAACAAUUUUCAUGCUCAGAAUGUGGGAAAUGGUUUCACCGGAAAUCAGAUCUCCUUAAGCAUCAGAGAACUCACACAGGGGUGAAGCCAUUUUCAUGUUCAGAAUGUGAAAAAAAAUUUAUGUGUAAAGCACAUCUUGUCAGACAUCAGAGAAUUCACACAGGGCUGAAGCCGUUUUCAUGCUCAGAAUGUGGGAAAUGUUUUCACCAGAAAUCACAUCUUCUUAAACAUCAGACAGUUCACACAGGGGUAAAGCCGAUUUCAUGUUCAAUAUGUGAAAAAUGUUUUUACCACAAAUCAGAUCUUGUUGCUCAUGAGAGAACUCACACAGGGGAGAAGCCAUUUUCUUGUUCAGAAUGUGGAAAAUGUUUUAGCCAAAAAUCUAAUCUUGUUAUACAUGAGAGGAAGCACACAGGGGAGAAGCCAUUUUUUUGUUUAGAAUGUGGAAACUCUUUCACACAGAAAGCAAGUCUAGUUUCACAUUUGAGAACUCACACAGGGGAGAAGGCAUUUUCUUGUUUAGAAUGCGGGAAAUCUUUCACACAGAAAUCAUAUCUUACUAUACAUCAGAGAAUUCACACCGGGGAGAAGCCAUUUUCAUGUUCAAUAUGUGGGAAAUCUUUCAUACAGAAAUCAAAUCUUGUUACACAUCAGAGAAAUCACACUGGAAAGAAACGAUUUUAAUGUUCAGAAUGUGAUAACGAGAGAUGAAGGAACUUUUUAAAAAUGUAAUUCUGCAGCUUGGUCAGGAAUUCGAUAAGGAAUUUGAUUCUUUCUGAAUUAAUUUGUCAUGAAUAACUAUGUUAAAACCCCAUUCAGCCUAUCAAUCAAUGGGAUGAUUUUUAACGUUAUAAAACUACAACUCCCACCAUGCCUUGCUGUAGACUGAUAGCUAAAGGCUGUCUAGGCAUGCUAAGAGUUGUAGUUUUCCAACAGUUGGAGGGCCGCAUGUUGGGCAUACUUGCUCUACUGCAAUAUGGCCUCACCUCAUCCAUUUGCUCGCACAGAGGCAGUCCGCUCUACUGAAGUACCUGCGCUUAGUAUGAUGACGUCACCAAGUGAUCAUGCUGGGAGACUAUGCUGGACAGAAGUCUCCACCUGGCAGCCCUAUGGAGAGCCCGAUAUGUCACCAGAUCUCCUAAAAAUACUUUGUGGGACUGCCUGGGUAAAAAUAUGAGUCCGUCCAGGAUCAGCUCUGAACCCGGACAACUCCUUUAACUCUGUUUUUAAGCUAUAACAUUUGCAGCAUUUAUUUUUAGGCGCAAAUUACAUGAUAACGUUAUUCAUUAUUUGAUUAUAGUGAUACCAAAUAAAAUUUUUUUUUUUUUUUUAAGUUUGACUACUAUU